GAAGUGACACCGCUGUCCCUCACUAGGAGGGAGCAGACCAGGUGGGGAACAGCCUGGGGAGGAAGGGUGUCCUGUUUGGAAGGCAUUACUUAUGAGGCUCACUAGACCUUUUGUCCAGAGGAGACUUUCCUGAGGAAGAGGUUCUAAGGGUCUCCGAGAGACUGAGACAAGACUUGGACCAAGGCCUAAAGGUCCCAGGCAGUGGAGCCCACAGAGAGCUGGCACCAAGGACCAGGGCAGCAAUCAGAGGGGCCGGUGAGCAAGGUUCUGGAGGAAGGAGGAAGAGGCUGAGAUGACGGGAAGCGGAGGCAGGUCCCUCCGAAGCCUCUGAGCUGUGACUGACGAAGCCUGCUCUGGGGUGGGGAGAAGGAGUCAGAACGUCCUCAUACUUCCUCACCUGCCGUCACCCCAGGUGGCUCCUGGACAAAAUUCUUUGGAUGUCACUGCUUGGGAGGCCCCCUGAGUGUCUGAUGAAGGCACAUGCUGGAAAGCAGUCUGGAGGGGAGUGGAAAUUCCAAGGGUAAAACUGAGUCCCAAGGGGGAGGGUCGGGGUGCUGGCUGAGACCAUCCCAGCUGCAUCUUGUGUGUUUAAACAGGAGCAACUCUCCCUGCUCCUGCCCAGGCUUCCUACCUCCCAGGCCCUGUAAUUAGACUGCUUCCCCACGCAAGGCUUGCUCCCAUUCCUUGGCUUCCAAUGGCUUCAAGGGAUGAAAGGUGGAAGUCCCUGUGAUUAUGGAGAUGAGAGCUGGGUAUUGAUUGCUUCAGGGUGUGUAAGGAGGAGGAUGUGAAAACAAGGGUGGGGUGACCAAAGUCUAGGUCAUUGAUAGAGCUGGGCGGCUGGCUCCCAAAAUUGGGGGGACUAAAAUGAGGGACGCCACCGUCAGGUUACACAUCAGCCAUGGCCUUCCAAACAGGUUUGUCCAGUUAGGUUCUGAUGGAUUCCUUGUGUCCCUGGGCUGGCCCUCCCCAGAGAUUGGACGCCUCCUCUCCCUCCUCCCCUAUAAAGUCUCUUGGGGUUCCCAGGCACCUAGACUCAGCCCACCCCCAACUUUGGGGGCCAGGACACAGCCAUGAAGUUCAACUGGAAGCUCCUGGGGAUCCUGGUCCUUUACCUGUAUGCCGUAGGCAUCUCGGGCAGCGGAGACCACCCCUCUCACCCACCCACAGAGGCUGGAGAGGAGGAUGGGUCCCCAAUAUUGCCUCAGGGCCCCCCAAUCCCUGGUGAUCCUUGGCCAGGGGCACCCCCUCUCUUUGAGGACCCUCCACCUCCAGGCUCCAGUCGUUCCUGGAGAGACCUGCCAGAACCUGGAGUCUGGCCUCCUGAGCCCCCAAGAACUGAUCCCCCUCAACCUCCCCGGCCUGAUGAUCCCUGGCCAGCAGGACCCCAGCCUCCAGAAAACCCCUGGCCACCUGCUCCUGAAGUGGACCAUGGAUCUCAAGAGGAGCCAGACCUUGACCCACCCCGGGAAGAAUACAGAUAGAGGGAUCCCCCAGAGGCAUCUCAGUGCCCCCAAGCCCAUCUGAACCCUUCUGAUUUCCCUUCAAUUCUCCCCAAUUUAUCCUCAAUUUCCUUCUUCAUUCUUUCAAUUAAUUCUGAAUUCUGAAGGUGUCGUUCUCAGUAUUUCCUGUCCACUCUUCAGUUCACCCAUAUUUCCCCACCUGUUUUCUCUGACAGCUGAAGCAUACACCCCUACCUCAUGUCCAGUCCUUUACCCACUACCUGCUUCCCAACCUCUUUCCCACUCCUGGGGCUCCCCCUGACCCCCCAGGGCUGGUGGCACUGUAUUCUUUGCUGACUCCUGGUGGCCUACAGCUGCAAACUAUCUGGAGACCAAAUGACGGCUCUUCCGUGAAAUGGAAAAAUAAAAAACCAUGUUUUCCUCA